CCCAAGGGAGAGGACGCAGCUUGACAGACUGUAUCUCCCUCUGCCACGGGGCCUGGGGCGCUGCGAUUUCACACUCCAGCGGCCCUGUCACUGCUACGCCAUGCAAGAGCUGGGCUCUCGCUCCCACUCUGCCAUGUCCUCAUCAGGAAAAGCUGCCAUCGCCCCCGCCUGCCUCUCCUUCGAGUGCUUCGACACCCUGACCAAGUCGUGCAUCAAGUGCUCCGACCUGUUCCAGGACAACACAACAGAGCCUACCCUGGCACCCACCCUGACCAGCACCUUCCUGAUCUUCGGGGUCCCGGUGGUGGUGGGGUUCAUCCUGGUUCUGGCAGCCCUCUGUGUCUUCCUGGCCUGCAAGGAGGGAAAGCGGAGGCGAAAGAGGAAGGCAGCAGAAGAAGAGGACAAAGAAAACAUAGACACCACCAGCCCCCUGCCUGGCCAGGACUCUGCCAUGCCAGAGGGAGAUGGAGCCCUGAACCCAGCCCCAUGCCUUCAUCUUGUUGGGAGCCUGAAGAUGCCGGGGCCACCCAGGAAAGCCAGGGCAAAGCAGAGGCCGUGCUGCCAGGGCGAUGCUGAUGGCGACAUCGUUCUGCUCUCCGCUGUGUACCCCCGGCCUGAGGAAUGCAACCACAGCUUCCCGCUGCCCGCCACUGAGCUGGGGGCCACAGCUCUGGUCACCACCAAAACCACCCAGAACUGCGCCAGGGAGGAGACAGUCUGAGGGCAAGGGGAAUGCAGCUGGAGUGCUCUGGCCAAUCCCUGUGGACACUGACAGCCUGUUCCUCAGACAAGUGAAACCUUUCACGGGUAUGAGCUCUGUGAGGCCCAAGAUCAGCCUUUUAAGAUGACUGUCCUUUUUGUGCUGAGUCCCAAGUUACACCUGUAGAUGCUGGAGGAAGCCAAAGUGGAUCAUGCUGAGUUACAAUGAACUGUUGACAGCUGCCAUGGCUGAACCAUUGGGAGGUGGCAAAAACACAUCCUGUGAGGAUGGAAUGUGGCAGGGACUGCUGUGCCAUUUGCAAGGCAGCCAUUGUGCCUGGACAGGUCUCCUGCUGGAUGGGUAAUUACUGGGAACAUGGGGCUUGAACACCAGAAACUACAGGGGAAACGGAAGCAGGGAGUUACUUUAAGACCAAAUCCCACACAGCAGUAGCUCGAUUUUUGCUACUGACCUCAAUAAAAGGAGACUUGAGGUCAUAUGAAGCAAGGCACACUCAGCAUCUACUCCAUUUACAGUCCUGCCACCCUCUCUUCUGCACUCUGUGAUACCCAGGUCUUCCCACCCUCUGGGCUCUCUCACAGUGGCAGGCAUCCACCGGCAUUCAUGGGAACCCCCUCCACAGCCAGGUACCCUGGGGACAGGAAAAAAGUUCAUCUUAAGCAGUGAAGAGGGGAAAAAAAUCUGUCCUUGCUCUGAUCUAUAGUCCCUGAAGUUAGGGAGGACCAGGGGCAGGCAGUGGAGACAGCUAGUCCAGAGGAGCUCCCUGAACGUGUCAUUACAGCCCCAGACAACCGUCGCUUCAGCUCACUGUCGCUGCAGAAAUACCCUGUGUCACUUGGGAUGGAUGCUUCCACACUGCACAAAAGCAGUCAGGGAGAGAUGUGAGCGUAGGCAGGAUGACUUAAUUUAUGACAGUGUCCUCAAGGCUUUGCCUGUGUGCCAGAGCUGGCCGGCGCUGCUGAUCCCAGGCAUUUCCCCGUAGGUGGGUUUCUUCACCCGCCUGUAAGUGGCUUUGCUGCACAGGAAGGGCUCUGUUUGGGAAAUGAACUUGUUAGUGUGGGAUUGCUGAUCCUGAGUAAUUACAGCAGCUGAUGCCCACUGGCUGAACAAACACUCUGGGUUGGGUGAGAAGCCCCUGAAGAAGGUGACUAGUCACUUAGAAGUGCUUUGAGCGGUUAUUUACAUGAAGAACCAUCUCUGGGUCUGCUCUCCCUUAGAUGAGGUUGCUUCCUCAUCCGGGAGAUUUUGGACACUGAACAGAGCUGGAAAAGCAAGGUGUGGGGGCAUUGACACCAGUCACUAAUGGGCCACCAAGUGCCUUAUUCCCAGUAGGGUCAGUUGGAGGCACUGUGUGGAGGGGAUAUCCCUCUGAUGAUGGGAAGGUGACUCUCUGCCCAAGCCUGAGUUCUCUCUGGGGCUGCAGGAUAGAUGCUGCUGUUGAAGGGUGACCGCCUCUCUUUUCCGCUUUCUGUACUGCAGCCAGACUCGUGGCAUCUGUCCCAUAAGGGCAACCACAGGCACUGGCACAGGUGCCAAGGCCAAAAUUACUCACCACAAUUCCUCUCCCAGAUCUUAAUAGACUGGCAGAGGUGAAGCCUCAUCUGACUGAAGCUCCGCAUGAUCCAGGAUGGGAUGGAUCCCCAUCUCAGCCUUGGGGCUGAGGAUGAUGGAUGAGGUGGUCCUCGUGCCCAGUGACACUCUCCUGGGGCUCCAGACACCUGUGGCAGAAGCUGGAGGUUCAAAGGCUGGUGUCCCAGCUACCCACAACAGCCAUCCUGCCCUUUGCAGAGGGGGUAUUGCCACAGCAUGAAUCAGACAUCUCCUCAUCCUCAUGCUCCACAUCCAACCCUGUGCAGUAACUUCAAACAACCUUUGUGUAUCUGGAGUGGGGAAAAGAGCUGAAGCCAGGUCAGGAGAUGUUUUGUCAUUAGAGGACUGCUUCUGGGAGAUAGAGCAACCUGUUUCAGGGGAGAUGCGGGUGAUACAAAAAUGGAGCAGAACUGUUAGGAGCCACCUCCAGUUCCCUCCCAGUGACAGCAGCAGCCCAGCCCUGUGGAUGCACUGCCCACCCCAGAUGAUCUGGGAAUUUGAAAAAGAAACACCCAUACAAAUCCUAUUGAAAAAGCUCCUCUUUCUGCUCAGGUAAGGACUUCUGUUCUCAUUUCUGCUGGAGCUUAAGCCCUAUGGACACCUCCCUAUAUGGCUCAACCAGUGAGUGCCCCUUGGAUCUCCUCUCUGUUAUGGCAUGUGAGAUGUGUUCCCUGCAUCGCGUCUGCCCGACUGCCAGCUCUGGUGGGGCAGGGGUCCCCUUCUGUUCAGUCUGCCCAGGAGGGAUCUGUGACCUGCUCUGUGCACUGCUCCAUCCUUACGUACAGGACAGAGGGCUGUCCAUUUUGUCUGCAUGGAAAGCCGAGGGAAUAGAGAUUAAAAAUAUGGCAGUAAAAAUUAAAGAAUAAAGUGAAUCCAUCGUCAA